CAAAGCAGCGUCGCUCAAGAGCAAAGCACCUCAUAGAAAGGCUAUGGCCGACGAACUCUACGGCUUACAAUUCAUCAGUCGCCGAUUCGCCUCCUAUCGCCGCCAAUCGCCGCCUUUCUAUCUCCCUCUUACCUUCACUUCUAAUCGCUUCACCCGCCUUCAGCAAGGUUACUGAAAAUUUGUAAAUCAUGGGUGAUGCAAUUGAUUUAACUGGGGAUGGAGGUGUCAUCAAGAAAAUUAUAAGGAGUGCUAAACCUGACGCAGUUGCUCCUUCUGAGACUCUUCCUCUUCUUGACGUCCAUUAUGAAGGCGUCCUUGAUGAAACUGGUGAAGUUUUUGACACUACAAAUGAAGAUAAUACUGUAUUCACUUUUGAACUUGGAAAAGGCGAUGUCAUCAAGGGAUGGGACAUAGCACUGAAAACCAUGAAGGUUGGGGAGGUUGCAAAACUCACCAUCAAGCCAGAAUAUGCCUAUGGAACUACUGGUUCUCCGCCAGAUGUGCCCCCAGAUGCAACUCUGGUGUUUGAGAUUGAGUUGGUGGCCUGCAGACCGAGGAAGGGUUCCAGUCUAAGUAGUGUUUCGGAUGAGAGGGCCAGGCUAGAAGAGUUGAAGAAGCAAAGAGAACUGGCUGCUGCAUUGAAAGAGGAAGAGAAAAAGAAGAGAGAAGAGGCUAAAGCUGCAGCAGCAGCUCGCAUCCAAGCCAAGAUGGAAUCCAAGAAAAGCCAAGGAAAAGGAAAGGGCAAAGCAAAGUGAGGCCAAUGGGACAUUCCAUUUCAACAGAAGAUAAUACAUGACAAUGAGUAGGUAACUUCCACCUUUGCUAAGGGUGGUUUAUUUGGUUGGUUAAUUUAGAGUAGUUUGCUACAAAAAGGCCAGCUUCGGUCAAACAUUUAUAAUGUGGCCUUCCUGCCUGCCUAAGGAGAAGAAUUGGCUUUUAAGCAGAUGAUAUACCCUACCCUACCCUACCGUAUGUUACUAUUACAAAUAGUUGUGUGUUUUGUGUUUUAUUGUUCCAUAUGUAUUGACUCUAGUUGUAGUUGUCCGGGCUUUAUAUAAAUAUGGCUACUUGUUAGUUUAA